UGCAUAAGUCCUGUUGGUCGUCAGCUUUUAUAUGCGGAAAACCUCUGCAGGCUGACAGCUUGAUCGCGUAUUCCCUCUAGUGGGAACCUCGAGCGGCACGGCUGAAAGCGUUGGUCAUAUUUAACCCACACCCCCCUCCCUAUCUUCUGCGUCCUGCAACACAAAACCCCUCGGGGACUACAGCGAUUGGGAUACCAUACCUCUCGGGGAGGACGUUCAAGGAUAUAAGGAUCCGAACGAGCGCGCAGCAAAUUGCGACAGAUUCGCAGCAAACAUCGUCACCGAUAUCAACCACUUUUUCUCAAAAAGGCGAACUUCUUCAAUCCGUCAAUUUUUGUUCUUGCAACUACGCCUCAACCACUCUGAAUGAGCGGAGAACGCAAAGGCAGCACGCCAGGACCAAUUUCAGACAAUCACCAACUCGAAUCUGUCAACUCUUACCCAGCCGCUGAUUUUACUAUCCCAUCAGCCGACACACUCCCAAAAUGCCGCAGUGCCCGAACUCGCUCUGUCGAUGCCCCGGUACAGGAGAAGUUGAAGCAGAAUGAAGGUCAUCCUGCCGCCUCUUUAGACGAAGAGAAUCAAUCCGUAACCUCUGAGGAUGAAGUCACCUACCCUGAAGGUGGUUGGGAAGCCUGGCUUUGCAUCCUGGGCUCCUUCAUGGGCCUUGUUGCAGCCCUGGGUAUGAUGAACUCAGUCGGAGUUUUCCACAGCUACCUUGCCGAGCAUCAGCUCCAAGGCUACAGCGAAAGCACGAUCUCUUGGAUCUUCUCCAUGUACAUCUUCCUUUCGUUCUUCUGCGGACUCCAGAUCGGACCCAUCUUUGAUGCACACGGCCCAAGACUGCUAGUGCUUGCUGGAAGCGUCUUGCUGUGUUUGUCCAUGUUCCUUCUUGGUAUCUGCACACAGUACUGGCAUUUCUUUCUAGUCUUUGGAGUCCUUGGGGGUCUCGGUACGAGUCUGAUCUUCACUCCUGCGUUUGCGGCUGCCAGUCACUUCUUCCUUGUAAAGAGAGGCAACGCGACAGGUAUCGCCGCUGCUGGAGGAUCUCUUGGAGGUGUCAUCUUCCCAUUGGCUCUGCAACAACUGUUCCCCAAAGUCGGCUUCGAAUGGGCUACGCGCAUCAUUGCGUUCAUCGAUGUUUUCUGCUGCAUCAUCGCUUGCCUUCUCAUCAAGUCUCGACUGCCUCCCAAACCCGGACAGUCUGUCCUACCCGACUUCCGCAUCUUCCGCGACAAGUCGUACUUCUUGCUCACAAUUGCCAUCUUCCUAAUGGAGUGGGCGCUCUUUGUACCUAUCACGUACCUCACAACUUUCGCGUCCUCGAGCGGAGCCAUGACCGAGGCGUUCUCAUACCAGCUCAUCGCCAUCUUCAACGCAGGAAGUUGCCUCGGACGAUGGGUCCCAGGUCUCCUAGCGGACAAACUGGGCCGCUUCAACUGCAUGAUCGGAGCUCUUGCUAUCUGCGGAGCAACAUCAUUGACCUUCUGGCUUCCGGCUGCGAUACUCACACCUGCCACAUCCGACACUGCAUCGACCAUCAAGGUACUCUCAAUCGUGUACGCCGUGAUCUUUGGCUUCGCGUCUGGAUCCAAUAUCUCUCUGACGCCGGUGUGCGUUGGACAGCUUUGCGACACGAGCCAAUAUGGUCGCUACUAUGCGACCUGUUACACUGUUGUAUCUUUCAGUACGCUUACUGGUAUUCCGAUCGCUGGUAGUAUCCUUGGGCAGACUCCUGGCGGUGCUUACUGGGGUGUGGUCAUUUGGACUAUCAUUUGCUACGUUAUCUCGUCGGGCCUCUUCAUGUGGAGCCGUGGUAUGCACGUUGGCUGGAAGUUGGUCAAGUUCUAGAUGAGGAGAUCUAUGUUUGAAAGGAUGAAAAGAUUUUUGUAUACCUUCAGGCUUUCGUAUUGUACGAGAGUCAAGGUGGACUGUUGGAGAAGGAGACAAAGGAUGAUACUGUUCAGUUCUUGUCAUAUAUUGUGCUCUGCGCAGAGCGACUUUCUCUAGUAAACGCGCUUUUACAAGUAUCAUGUUCGUGUUCAAACAUCGAACGUGAUGCCAGUAGUUCGACGACCUCCAGCCUGCUCUUCCAGUACUGGAGAGAAUGUUAACAGAAACUUUUAUCGAAAC